UCCAAAUGGCGGAGCUAGAGGCUGAGAAAGCUUGGCGAACUAAUGAAGCUCUAAUGGAUCACAUGGAUGAUUUUAAAGAAGAUACCAAAGCUCAGAUGGAUGCCUUGAUGGCCGAAAUGGCUGAAAUGAGAAGCAUGUUAUCACAAUCUAUUGCUGGAAACAAGAACUUUAUGCAUACUUCUGCAAUUCAACCUGAAGCAAGUGUGGGAGAAUAUUCUACCUCUGACCAAUCUGUUCAUGAUGUUGAUAGCAUUGGUGAGGAAGAAGUUAUGAUGCAAGAGUUGAGGGAAGCACAACAACAAUAUGAAAAGAAGAGAGCAGAAGCAGCACAACUGAUUAGGAAGAAGAAGGAAGGAGCCCAACGACUAAACAAUGAAGCAGAACUACAGAAGAGAAAGGAGGUUGAACUACUGCACAAGAAGAAAGAAGAGGCCCUAAUGCAAAAGAAUAACGAACAAGACAUGCAAAAGAAGAGGGAAAUUGAGUCGAAGAAGAAACAAGAAGACCUGAUGCAAAAGAAGAAGGAACAAGACAUGCAAAAGAAGAGGGAAGCUGACCUGAAGAAGAAGAAGGAAGCAACAGUUACACAAAAGAAUCAUCAGAAAGGAAAUGAAGUGAUUUUGUUCAAUGUUUAUCGUGAUCAUACUACACCAGUGGCAAAAGCUACCAUUCUAGCAACUGACAGGAAGAAGAUCGUAGGGGGUCGUGAGCUUGGCACUGAAUGUUGUGAAGUUGUUGUCAACUACAUCAUCAAAAGAGAUGCCAUAUUGCCUCGUCCCAUUGGCGAUGUGACGACCAUGGGACAAGCUCAAGGAAGAACUAUUGCAUGGCUCUAUAAACAUCUGGAGGUUGACAAGUCCAAGAUGAAGCAAGCCUCGCCGCCACAAGAAAAUGAACUCCCAAGAGUUUAAUUAACAGCAGAAGAGGUUGAUCAUCAUCAGGGCAAGAAAUAACUAGGAUUUCCAUGGACUAGAUGCAUGCCCAACCACUGUCUUGGACUUAUUUAUGCACUAUUCGUUGUCUUAGGAACAAACAUAUGUAUUGUCAUUGUCUUAGAAACAAACCUAUUCACUGUUGUUGUUCACUUUGUUGUCGAUGGGCGAACUAUUUAUGGUUUUGUGCA